CGCUGAUACAAGUUACCAAACGAUGACAGGACUUGCGUAGUGGUUACGUUAACUGUGAUAAUAUUACUGAAUAUCCGGCUAUGUGACAUCGCAUGCAAUUUUGUGAACUAACUGCAUGCUGUGAGACGUAAAAAACAACAAAAUAAGAAUGGCAUAUUCUUAUAUCGUAGAAGAAACGCCUCCCGACGACAUUCUCAGCGUGAAGCACGAUAUCCAAUGCGCGAAGAUAUUUCUUCAGAAACACAGCACAGAAUCGGGUGACAGUUUAUAUGAUCAUUUAAUCGAGCUUUUGGCAAAAAUAUUGACCGAGCGGCCACGAAAUAUUGUCGAUACUUUUGAGGAAUACAGUAAAAAACUGAAGGAUGAGAGAUUUAAGAUUAAAACGGAUCAUCGAGAUUUGUACAUAUCACCCGUGCAAUAUGAUAAUGCCAAGAAAUUCAUUAAGCUCUUCCAGUGUGUAAAGCAGAUUGACGAAGAUGAGCAGGAAAGAAUAGAGGAUGAGGAGGAGAACGAUAAAAAAAAGAAAUGUCCCAAUAUGUUGGAUCUUCUGUUCUAUUUCGAGCAGACGGGUAUAGGAUUGCCGCGACACGACAUAGUAUUGCUUAAUUUAUCAAUUCAGAAACUCGCCUCGACAAUGCCGCUUGAAAAUAUUAGAUUUUGGGGUAAAGUACUUGGUAAACCUAAAAAUUAUUAUAUACUGGAAGCUGAACUUCGGGCAGACGAGCUUGCUCGAAGAUUAGAGCAAGAGGAACAUGAAGUACAAAUUAGAAAAGAAAAAGAGGAAAUCGUAAUCAAAACAACGAGACAACUCGCGAAGAAUGAAACGGCGAGAAAAAUUAAGGAGGAAGAAAUGGAGGGAAUUGUCGAAACAACGGGAAGUCCACGCAAAGACACAAAGUCAGAAGGAACUUUAGAGCUUAUCUUUCCAUCGUUACCUGUUAAUCCGUGGAAACCAUUGACGGAAAUACCGAUUGAAAGAAUCGGGAGCGGCCUCAAUAAAAAAGUGUAUUUUGUAUGCAACACGCCUGGAUUGGAUGAGUGGAUCGAACUUCCGACGGUUACACCACAGCAGAUAGUAAUUGCACGACAGAUUGUUCGAUACUGCACGGGAAAUUUGGAAACACCGAUUUACAGUUUCCCACCGUUUCCUGGUACCGAAAAGAAUUAUCUUCGUGCACAAAUUGCAAGGAUCAGUGCAACCACUCAUGUAUCGCCGAUUGGCUUCUUUACAUUCAGUGGAGAAGACGAGGAUGAAGAAACAGAUGAAGAAAGAAAAGAGAUCUACACAGAAGAAGAAGAGUUAUUAGAAAACGUUAAUUAUGAUCCACUACCGAUCAAGGAUCUUGUAGAUCCCUCCAUGGCAAAUUGGUGUCAUCAUAGUCGACAUAUUCUUAAGCAAGGACGAAUUAUCUGGUGGAAUCCAGAAAAGGAAGAAAAUAUCAUCAAUGAAGUAGAGGAAGAAGAAGUCGAAGAAGAAGAACAAGAUGUAGAGAAAGAUGAAGUGAAGAUGAUGAAGAGAGAGAUUAGAACACCUCUCUUAAUUCCUUUAUCUGAAGAUGCUAUUAUUGAUUCCAUGAUACCGUGGAUUGCUAGACAGUCAUCAUAUAUACAACCAGACAUUGCAAUAGCUUUAGUCAGAUCAAAUAUCUGGCCUGGAGCAUUCGCAUUCGCGGUGGGAAAACACUUCGCUACUAUGUACAUCGGCUGGGGCCAUAAACACAAUGCGUAUAAUUAUAGUCCUUCCGAUAUGCCAUCUGUUCAAGAUCAGUAUAAAAUCGGACCGGAAAUUAUGGAAAUUCAAGAUCCUACUGCCAAAGAAGAAGAGGCGUAUCAGUUAAUGCGUUUACCACCAGCAUUAUCAAUAGAAGAAGAAAUGUUAGAUAAAGAGAAGGAAGAGGAUGAGGAUGAAGAAGAAGAAACAUAUGGUGAAGAGGAAGAUGAUGAAUAAUUAUCUUCACAUCCUAUCAUUUUACACAUGAUUCAUUUACAUUUCUAAAUUCUUGCAUUAUAUGUUACAUGAAUAUUUCUUUUAUAAAAAAUGCACUAAGAUAACAUACUAUGACGUAUACAGUAGUUUUAUCUCCAAAGCAUACUUAAAAUAAUUAUUAUUUGUUAUUAAGUACUUUCAGAGAAAAUAGCAAAAUAUAAAUAUUUGCUUUACAA